AUUCGUAGAUAUUAAAUUCUUUUAAGCGAUGUUGAUAUUAGCACACUAUAAAUCGGGAACACUUGGAUUCAUGCCACUAGCAAUGGGAAACACAAACGGCUGAUUCAGUAGUUGAUCUAUGCGUUUGCUUACGAUUUCGAGCACCUAGCGGAAUUGACCUCCGCUCUAUAAUAGUAGUAAUUGUUCACGCAAUGAUCGCGUAACUACCACAAGAACGCGUGCCGACCACCGAGCGAGAUUCUCAACUGUUUUAUUUUAAAGCUGGCAGCGCACUUUGGCCGUGAAAAAUAUUGCAAAGGUGUAGCAGCUCAGUUUAAUACUGAUGAGCAAUACACAAUGCCGUUCAUUGACUGGUAACAAGAGCGCUGUCUCGUAAAUUAUUAAUUGCCGGUCCUGUUGUUUUUUUCAACAAUCGAAGCAUGAAAUCUUGUGACACGGUAUUUCUGUUUGAGGCCAUUGGGUAAUUGUAACAAUUCACUUAUGUAUAUUCGGAAGAUACCGACGUGCUUAGAUGAUAAAAUUUCAACAUGAAUGCACCAUUUAUAUCCUUCUAUAAAACUCUAAGAUUGUUAUCUGAACCUGCAGUGAAGAAGAAAAUAGUAUCUAUAGUUAAUUAUUAUGCACGGGGCUCCUAUGUUUGUUCGCUUAAUUAAUAAAAUUGUGUAUGUGUACUCUAUCACGUAGAACACGAGUUUAAUGACAUAAGGAAAGAUACGAAAGAUUAUAAAUAUAUAUUUGCGAUUCAUCGCACCGUGUGCCGAUAUAAAAUGACUUCAUACGACAUGGCUGUGCACGUGGUCGGCGUUUUUGGUUUGUCCGGACCUUGGACUAAAUUUUACAAAAAAGGUAAUCAGUCCUGUACAAAGGUCAUUAAAUCAUUAAAUAUGAUAGAUAUGCAACCAUCUGAUAAAUUGAGAGAAAUAAUUAAAGACCAAAAAUACAAAUACAACAGUCUAAAAUAUUGGCCUAGGUUCGAUAAAAAUAGGGCAUUUCGUCCAUUAUCACUUUUUUAUCAACAAAAGAUUUUGCUUUUUAGUGAUACAACUAUCUUUUAUUUUUCAUAAUGAAAGAAAUACCAUGUGAAUAAUGAUGAAAAUGAAAAUAAAAAUUUCUAACGUGAGGACACAGUGUGAUAGUACUGCAGCGAAAUAUUGUAAGCAACCUGUAUCUGUUACAACAUAGUUUUAGCGUUAUCGUAACCCUAUUGGUAUCAGCCAGUGCGUCGGGCAAUUGCUGUAAUCGAAUCAAUUUGGUCUGAAACGAAGCCCACCGGGCAGCCGCGCCGGUCGGUACCCUCAGAGUUCCACGCUCAUUGUGUAUUUACAAUAAUGCAUCGCAUCCAGUUCAGAAAGUUAUCUCUCUGUUUGACUAAGCACUUUGUUUCGAAUUUGCAAACAGACUGCUAUCUUAUCGGCUCAUAUUAGUAGAAGUUGUACGGCGAGUACACGCGUCUGUGACUGUUUCCUAAAACUGUGAUGUGAGCUCUCAUCUGUGUGUGUGAUUAUACUCUGUGAUUUUUUGUUUAGAUCGUACUGAAGAUAUUGUUUAGUAACAAUGAAUGAAGGCACCGUCGAUAUCCAAAGUGAAUUGGAGAAAUUAAGACGUCCAUCGUACAGAGAGCCAUUACCAGAGAAUGAAGAGAUUAAAGAAACGAAGACUUCACCGAGUCAGGAGACCGAUAAUCCACAGAAGUACCGGCUGAUACUCGAGCCAGCGCUCGUGGGCGCCAUGAUUGCAAUCAAUCUAGGUCAAACCUCGCUACAGAACUUCUAUUUGCAAACAGCCUGUACAGUCGACCUAGGGGUGGAUUUAGAAGUGUGUUUAAAAGGAGAUAUGGAGGCGGAGAGUCAAGUAGUAGUAUCUGGAGUGAACGUCAGUAGAAGUUUUAUUGGAUCUCUUAUAUCUACAAUAAUCCUACUGUUUGUUGGUCCGUGGAGUGACUGCAGUGGGCGUCGGAAACCAUUGCUCAUUCUACCAUUGAUUGGUAUGAGUGUGAUGACUACUGGUGUGAUACUGAUGCUGAUAUUCCCAGGAGCAUCCACAGUACAAGUCUUGUAUGCUGUGCAACUGCCUAUAUCAUUAGGAGGAAAUUUUGGAUUACUACUAGCAGCCGCUUUCAGUCAUAUUGGUGAUUUAUGCUUCGCAACGGGUCGUGACGUCACACGGACUAUGGGAACUCAUCGAGCUGCUGUACAGAUAGCCCAUGUAUUGGGCGCAGUGGGAGGGCCCCUUCUCUACCGCACGUUCGGAUUCUUCGGUGUGUUUCCACUUGUUUUAUUUCUACAGGUAUCAUCCCUAAUAUACGUGAUUGUAGCAGUGAAGGAUGUCAACGUGAACAGGGAUAAUAAAGUAUCUGUCUGCAAUUGGAAGCUACCGUUUAACGCAGUUUACUGUCUGGUGAAGCCCAGGGAAGGUCGCAAGAGGACCAUCAUAUUUCUCAUGCUGGUCGUCACGCUUGGAGACAGGAUGUUAUUAUCUGCGGAGGUGUUAAUCGCCUACAUGUACUACCGGUAUAAGUUCCACUGGACUGACGUCAUGUUUGGAUCCUACCUCGCAUACAAGAAUAUAGUUAGUUUUAUAGGAACAUUGUUAAUUCUGUCAAUUCUAAAACGUCGGUUGCGACUGUCCGACGAGAUGGUGGGGAUGCUGAGCUGUGCGUCCUACAUCCUGGCUACUUCGGGCCUUAUUGCUGCCACUAUGACGUGGUGUGUUUUCAUGUUGCCCUUGGUUGGUAUUAUAGCACAAGGCUCGCAAGUGGUACAAAGACCUUUACUAAACAAGCAGAUACUACCGACAGAACAAGGUAAAAUUUACAGCGUGAUGGGCUCAUUAGAAUCGGCGAUGCAGACAAUGUCUUCACCAUUAUACUCCUUGCUGUACACAAAGACUGUUGCAACUAUGCCAGAUGCAUGGCUACUGCCAGGAAUAGGGCUAGCAUUUAUCCAAUUGUUCUCCUACCUAAUAACAAGGAAACUACGGCAAUCAGUAGACUUAAAAACUAAUCCAACAGAUCUUGCAGAAACUGAAAAGAAUCCAGAAACAAAAAUACCAUUGCAAACUAAGGAGGUUAAGUAGUAUUUAUUAUUAUUGUAAGUGAAUAAAAAGCAUUUUGUAAACCAAUUUAAUUUAAGGUAAAUAGAUUUUAUUUUUUAUAUGAAAGUGUUUUCUUUUUUGUGCCUUUAACAAAUUUUCCCCAA